AUGGGUGAUACAGAAUUACUCAGUGCUGCGGCUGGGGAGAAUUGCCGUCUACGUUUAAAAAAUGUGGAAGAGGAUGAUGUACAACCUGGCUUUUGCCUAUGCUCUUCCGACAGCUUGUGCAAGGUUUCGAAUGCUUUCGAUGCGAAACUGAUUGUUCUCGAUUGCAAGUCCAUCAUUUGUGCUGGUUUCACUGCCGUACUGCAUAUUCAUUCAACUGUGAAGGAGGUCCGACUGCGAACCAUUAUUUGUCGAAUUGAUAAGAAAACUAACGAAAAGACCGAUAUUCUACCGCGUUUCAUCAAACAAGAUGAUGCUGCUGUCGUUAGAUUCGAGACAUUUCACUACAAAGUCGCAGUUCAGACCCAUUUUUUCACUACUGAACUCUGUCUACAUCGCAUAUUUCGGGAUGAAACUGGAAGAUCAGGAUAA